AUGGCAGCACCGCUAUCCCUCACACCGGCGCAGGCUGAACUCGUCAGUUCCCUGACCCAAGACGAGAUUCCCAUCAAGCUUCGCUGCGCCAUCUGCAGCAAGCUGGCGAUCAAUGCUGUGAAGCUGCCAUGCUGCGACCAGGCAAUCUGCGAGAACUGCCAUGCAACGCUCCCUACUUCGUGCCCAGUUUGCGAGCACUCGCCACUCUCCGCCGACGACUGCAAACCGAUAAAGUCCCUACGAACCACGAUCAAGGUCUUUGUCAGGACCGAGGAGAAGAAGCGUGAAGCCUCGAAGCCCAAGGACGCUGGGGAGUCUGCGCCUCCGACUCCGAUAGACGCAAAACCGGGGGCUGGCUCAGAUGCUUCGCAUGCUACCGAGCCUGCUGCAGUUGCACAUGUUCCCGAGAAGAACGCUUCGGGCGAAAGGGCUCCUGCAGGUGACGCGGGUAACAGCGAAUCUGCUGGCGAUGGAAACCCGGCGGUGGAAUCCCAGGUAUGUGUCAUGCAGUCAUCUUCUUUUCAUACUGAUACCAUUCCAGCGCAUAGUGUUAAUAUUGUCAUCAAGGAAAAUAUUGUCUCGCGACAGUCGAACGAGGAUGGGAAUGGCCAGGAGCAGCAGGCUACCGAAGCCGAGAAAACCGGCGAUGAAGCAACAAAGGAUAACCAGGGAGAAGAAGAAGUACAGCAGGGUAACCAGAGGUCUAAUGCCCAGGGUGGCGAGGGCGCCACGGACAUGUUGAAUAGCUUCAAUCCUAGCUUUGGGCUUGGCGGGAUGAAUGGAAGCUUCCCCAACAUGAACUUUGGUGGCGGCGACAUGAAUCAAAUGCAAAUGAUGAUGGCAAUGCAAAAUGGCAUGAUGCCGCCGGGCUUUGGGGGUUUUCAGAUGAUGGGCAUGCCCGGCAUGGAUCCAUCUAUGUUUAUGAACGGUGACUUCGGACCGCAAGGCAUGGGUAUGCACGGCAACGGCAUGGGCAUGGGUGGUUUCGGAGGCGGCGGCGGCGGCGGCGGCAUGGGCCUUGGCCCGGGAUCCAAUGAGAACUGGAACGGACAGCAGCAGUCAUGGAAUGUCGGCCAAGAUAAUUUCAGUCAUCCGAAUUCUACUGGCAUGGCCAAUGGUGAUUUUGGGAACUUUAACUCUGGAGGUGGUUUCCAGCCUGGCUUUAAUCAGGGUAAUUUUGGCCACCAGAAUCAGUAUUCCAAUUUUCGAGGAAACAACUUUUACCGCGGCCGAGGCGGUCGGGGCCGAGGGUUCUAUAACAACAAUUUCAACAAUGCUGGAUAUGGCAAUGGCCGUGGAGGCUACGGCGGCUUCAACGGCGGCGGCCAUAAGGGUUUCGGCAAUGACGGAUUCCAGAACCACAACGGCCAGUAUCAACAGUCACAGUUCCCUCAGCAGUAUCAUGGGCCUGCACAGAGCGCGAUGAACGGGGGUCCUGGUCCUCAGAAUCGCCGCAACUCCGAAGCCAAGGAACUAACACCUUCCAAUGUGGACGAGUUUGGCCGCAGUAUUAGACCUGAUGCUCAGAAAACCGAGGGUGAAUUUGCUGAGGGUGCAGAGCCGGGGAAGACAAAUCCUGCAGACCAAGUGGGUGGCGAGCAAAAGAUAAAUGCUGGCGAGCAAAAGAGAAAUGCUGGCGACGGUGCAACUACGGCAUCAGAUUCAGCCAAGGCAAGCAUGAACACGUCCGCCGCUGCGGCAACGGACCAGGACGAUAUGCCCCGACCCGUGCCAGUUCUAGAUGACUCCUAUGGCUUUCCAAACGGCCAAGUUGGCCACGGACCGCACGGUGAGAUGGGUUAUAUGGGGGGAGCUCAUGAAAACGGUGACUUCAAUCAUUAUAAUCAGCCGGUACACCGUCAGGCACCCAUGCCCGACGUUCCUUUGAACGCACCGUCAGGCCCCAAGGCUAUGCGCCAGGGUCUUCCUAACACUAGCAUGUUGCAUCUCAAGGCAAGAGGACUGAUGCCUGAUGAAAGACAGCCUAAUCCGUUAGUAAACGGUUCCGGCCACGUUAGUCCAGCAGCAGAUAAGCCUGUCAGAUCGCGCAGCAACUCGGUCGAUUCCAAGCCACGCAAUGAUAAGUACCGCGAUAGGAGCCGGGACCGGGAUCAUCGGAAAUCUAGGGAUGCCGAUCGCCCCAGAGACCGUGAGCGUAACCACGGCGCCGAUGUGGACCGCGACAGACACAGGGAGCGGGACAACAGAGGGAGGUCCGUCUCUCAGUCCAGCAGGAGCCCAAGUCGUGAACGCAAGGACGGACACAGACGGAGGCGUCACCGCUCGGAGUCCCCCGCAGAGGAAGGCCGAGAUGAAGACCGGCGGCAAGCCCACGUGAGCAGCAGCCGCCGACACAGUCGCAAAAACAGCAUAAACGGCGACGAAGAACCGCGAUCCGCGCGUCCCGAGUCCAGAUCCAGAUCUGCAUCACCCGACGGCUCUCGUCGCUCAGGACAUCGCAGCGGUAGGAGAGAACGCGACUCCGAACGACGUAGAGACAAGGAUAGGGAUAGGGAACGUGAUCGCGAUCGCGAUCGCGACCGGGCUAGGGAUAAGGAUGACGAUGAGCACCGCCGCAAGUCCAGUCACAAGUCUCGUAGGGAUAAGGACCACGAAAGGGACAAGGACAAAGGGCGGGAUAGGGGUAGAGACCGAGGUAAGGACCGUGAGCGCGGUAAGGACCGUGAGCGCGACCGCGAUCGCGAUCGCGAUAGGGAAAGAGACCGCGACAAGGACAGAGACAGACAAAGAGACAAAGAUAGGGACCGCCGCCGCCCUCGGGAUAGUAAGGAGCCCUCCAGCGCGGUCGAGGCACCACUGGAGCUUAGGCCGCCUACGGGACCCAAGGGCCGUACCACAAGCAUUUUUGACAUCAAAGGCGCCAGCAGCAGGAACAAGGAGGCCGCAACGACUACGCCUAAGGACCCACAUGCAGAAGAGAGAGAGAAGCGCAACCGCGAGAGGCUUAUGAAGGAGGCACAGAAACUUGCCGGCCUCGUCGGGGGAGGGAAACGCAGCCGUGGAACGACUGACGACGGCGAGUCUAGCAGGCGCAGCCGUCGGAAGGGCCGCAGAGGCGAGGUCGUUGACGUUGGCGACGAAGAGGAGAGGAUGCGUCGGCUCGAGGCCGAGCGUGAGAGAAGGGACUAA